GUUGGGCUUGGGCGGUUGGGCUGGGCCUUCUAGCAUAGACUUCUAGCUUUGAGCGUGCUGUGCAUACUACAUGAUAUUACACCCGCCGUCGUAUUCGAUAUGCUGUACUGCAGCCCAGAUCAAACAAAACAGAGGCUUAUGGAGCAUGCACAGCGUGAUAGCAUAAGUGAUAUGAGGCUCAUUCUCAGCAAAGAAUGCGGCGACAGUGUCGAACAGAUUGCGCAGUACGUGCAAAAAAUCACCUACGAGAAGUGUGGCGACACCUUGGCUCACGUUGCAUCUCGAUGCGGAUCCCUGAAAGUACUUCGAUUCAUCUGCAAGGAAGUCAGUUGCCUGACGCUCCUUGAAAGCCAAAACCACGACGGCAAAAGGCCGUUGCAUGAAGCUGCUCAGUCAUCUCGACUUGAUGUAGUGCAGUUUCUUAUUCAUCAAGGAUGCCAGAUAGAUCCUCUAAAAAGGGCUGACUGGACGCCACUUAUGUUGGCAUGUACAAAGAAUCACUUGGAAGUGGUUCAAACACUAGUUGCAAGGGGUGCCAAUACAAACCUUCGAAAUAAGGAUGGUUGGACGCCAUUUCACAUCUCAUGCAGGGAAGGCCAUGUACAUAUAAUGUCCUGCCUCUUGGACAUGUUUCCAGAUGCAUGGAACACUAGCAGCAAAAACAAAAGAACGCCACUUCACACAGCUGCCUUACAUGGCCAUGUGCAGUGUGUAAAGCUGCUUCUGAGCAGGGGCUGCUACCUGCCAGAUGUAGCAGACAACUGUGGCACCACGCCCUUCAUGGAUGCUGCACAGGCAGAUCAGGUGGCCAUUAUGGACUGCUUGGCAGAGCUCCAAAAGGUUGACAUAACCAAGAUGGAUGUAUUGGGCAAUAGCAGCCUGCACCUGGCAGCACAGGCAGGUGCCAUAUCUGCUAUUUGGUCACUUAUUGAAAAAUAUGCCCUAGACGUCAACAGCAUCAACUCAUGGGGACAGACUCCACUCCAUCUGUCUGCUAAGGUGGGCCAACAUGACGUGGUUAAACUGCUGAUUGGCCUAGGUGCUAUAUGCAAUGCCAGAGAUAACAAGGGCCGCACAGUUCAGGACUGCCUGUAACGGGUGCACGAACUUCACUGCGCCAGGCUUAACCUUCGCUGGACAGUAUCAACAUUGGCUCAAACUUCACAUGCGCAGCUUGAGAGGGUUGAAGCUUGUGCAUUUCAACUGGGUAGGCAUUUCUGACUCAUUUUGAGCACGAUUAAUUAUAUAUACAAACGAAGACGCUGUCGCUAUGGUGUUGUCGGUUCGAAGGCCAAUCGUGCGGGGUUCGGUCGAACAAUGGUCGGCAUGCUGAAUUUGUCUGUGCCGUCGACAAGCAAGCCUGUCGCGGUACGACAACUCGUGCUCGUCAGUUAAUUUGUAUAUGGUUGCUUUGUCAGCCUGUUAUGAUGGCUUCAGUCACGCACUGUGCUGAAUAGUCGGUCAGUCGUUGGCGUGAGUGUCUUGUGUGGUCUCGUAUCGACCCAGUGCUACCGCGCCUUAAACAAGUACGUGAAGGCAGGCACACCCGCACGCUGAGGUAGUGGGCACGGACACCCCAUUUGGCGAUAGCUGUGUCUGAAGGGGCAUAGUUCUGACUGGUGUUGUAUAAGUCACGGGUCACUUUUUUUGUCACGACAAUAGCACUGCUCGAGGAGGGCACAUGUAACCGACAAAUGGAGGCCUCAGGAGAGCACCCAAGGGGUAGAGGGAGGAUCAAAGCUGGAAGCAGGGCAGCCCGUGGGUUGGGGCCACAGAGGCCGAAGUGUGCCAGGGGGUGUUCACAUAAAAAAUUGGCAUUACCCGCAGCAGCGCGGCAAUCAGUUGUUGCCGCAGCGCUAGCAGACAAGUGCGCAGUGAGCGAACACUUGUUUGUCGUAACACACUCACUUCAGUGAACCUGAACAGCACCCUGUUCCAGCUGCUCUAGAAUGCGAUAGGACACAUUCUAUUCCUGCAAAACAGUUCGGGAAUUCACUCUGACGAGGGCUGACGUGACUUGGCCCAGUUUGAAGUGUGGGCGGCCAUUUUCGUCGGUGGGCUCACCAGCCGUCCGGCUCAUGAUGUCAGUCCAGAGUGCCUGCCCAUUGGAGGAUGCUCAUGUGCAUCCGCCUCAGAGGAGUAAAAGCUCCUUUUUUCUAAAGUUGUACCUGACUAUAGACUGUACAGCAUCCAAUUUUUGCCAAUGUAGUGCAACUGUGCCAUGCAUAGAUUGCAUCCGUGUUAAGCUAGACUAUACCACACCUUUAGCUUGGCCACCCCAAUACAGUCUUGGAGCAGAGGCAGAACACAUCGAGGCCCUUGAAUGUAGACUACCAGAUAGAGAAAACCAGCUGGACUCGGUAAACACUUCGCGUUACACCAGAACAGAAUACAAGCAAGGAGACAGCACGGGCUGGUUCUCCACUGUACGUCACUUCCGUCAGGCGAUAAUGGCAGCUUUCCUUUUUUUUUUUUCAGUUUCAGUAUGAAUUGUGACGAAUUGACCUGUAUUUAAAAUGCAAGAUUUUUCACAGAGGCUAUUGUCUGUCUAAAUGACCUGAAACUGGGCUUCUUACGUGGUCGAAAAUUUCAUUGCAAUUGGCCUUUAAAAUGAAUAUUCAAGCAUGCAUUUGAGGAAAUUACCAAUUCCACUUUGAAAAAUAGUCUAACUCGAAAUGAUGACAAAAAAUAUGCUCUUGGUCUCAUUCGCCUAAGGUGUACUAGCUUAGUAAUUGAACUUUGAAAGUGAUAUGAGUAAGUCACAACAAUUAAAGAAUAUGCUACUGGUCUCAUUUGCCUAAGGUGUGCCACUUUCCACUUUCUAAAGGGCCCCUCGCCAGGUUUGGGCACUGCAAACAAACAAGCGCGACUAGUAGAUCACGCGGUGGUGAUAGUGUCUGCAAAGUAUGAAACAACUGUAUGGCCUUCCUCUUGAGGGAGCUGCACGUCAAGCAAGAGAGUCAACGUAACAUGCACAGAUGCCUCCAUGCAAGCCACACUGCUUGGAAUGUCACCGACCGUAGCACAUGCAUUUGGUUAAUCAUGCAAUGCAAGAAGCGAACUGCAUUGCCCAGCAAUAAAAAAAAAAAAAAAGGAGGUAGGUCUUGUCGCAUGAACCCCUUAGCUCCAGUUUGGGAGAAGGCAGGGAAAAAAAAUUUUUUUGCAGACACUAGUCGAGGCAAAAGGAGAGCAUCUCUGUUAACAGUGACACUUGUCUCCUGGCAGCAUGUUAACAGGAAGUUCAAUUUCUUCUAGCUCCAGCAAUAAUGAAUAGAUUUGAAAAAUUAUUUCGGUGAAACGUUGCCUAGAUGCCACUUCACAACUUCUAAUGAAUAACCAAAAUUUGCAAUGGGGCUUGGUGGAAGGGUCUUUUAAAUCAAAUUGCUUUCUUCGGCUCUUUCGCCAGUUUUUGCGGUUGAACUUUCACUGCUGAUACAAAGACCACAUGCUCUCAUCUAGCCAGGUUGCGGGGCAUGUAUCAGAUUAAAAUAGGCAAUGGGAGACAAUGCGAAGGUAGAACUUGGCUCUGUCGGAGACAUGCCUCUGCAACGUCGUCUAAAGUUGUGCGUGUAAGCAAAUUGCCGGGCCAGAUGGUACAUGGCACUUGUGUCGAGCUUUAGGGCACUUGAAGGGUUAGAUGCUGUGGUAGAGCACUCGGGAAGGCUGCCCUGUCCCCUUGUGGUGGCUGCAGGAGAAUGCCCCAGUACUGCUAUAGAUGUACUGGUUAAUGGAACAGACACUACAUAAAUGUCCUUAGUGCAACUAAUAUAUAUCUUCAAUGAAGCAAACAGCUUUCCAGAAGUGUUUGUCUAUUCACUUGCAUUGGUUCAUUGUCCAUGAUUUCUCGCAAUUAUUUUUUUGUUUGGUUUCUUUUAUGCAAAACACUCCGUAAAUGUAAUGAAUAUGAAUACUGUCUCUGGAACUUGCUUACUUUUGCAAAUUAACAGUAUUGUUCACCCUUCUCUACAACAGCAUAUGACCUGGCAAAGGAUAAUGGCCACAAGAGCUGCUCUCAACUCUUGCAGCCUCAUAAUAUAAAGACACAAUAAAAAUGCUUGUUUUGGACAA